AUGUUGGUGUUUUCCGCCCUGAGGGCUGCAUCUCCCGCUAGCGUGCCCUCCGCUUCAACGUCAGCCCGCCAAGUCCACCAAAGCUUCCGAAUCAUGUCUUCAACCGAUGCCAUUGAGGACGAGCUGAUCUCGAUAAACGCCAUCUUUGACGAGGAAACACUGUCGCCAAUCGAUGUCAACGCAAGGCUGUUCAGUUUGCGACUCCCUUCUUUCCCAUCCAUAGUCCUCCGCAUCGAAUUUCCGGCAGACUAUCCAAAUGCCCCGCCCUCGGUUCUUGGGACUCAAAGCGUCGGCGACGAUGUGCCAAAAGGUAUGGGUAGCCGAGCAGUGGAUGUGGUGAGAUAUGUGCUGGCCCAAGUGUACCGACCAGGCGAAGCCUGUAUAUACGACCUCCUGGAAGAUACAAGAGAAGCUUUGGGGAAAGCGGAAGAGCAAGGCAAUUUCCAUCUGAACGACCAAACUGAAGACCAAGCACAAGAGGAGGAAACCCUGUACGAUCCUCAAAGUUCCACUGCUGACUUUGGACCCGAGCCUCCUUGGAUAGUUGGAGAGCCUAUCAGUGAGAAGAAAUCCGUCUUUCUUGCCCGUGUCGCCCCGGUAUCAUCCCCAGCGCAAGCUAAGGAAUACGUUGCGCAUUUGCUGGCGACAGACAAGAAGGCGGCUAAAGCAACACACAAUAUGACUUCCUGGCGGAUCAAGGGGCCGAACGACACCGUUUUCCAGGAUUGUGAUGACGAUGGCGAGACUGCCGCCGGCAGCCGUAUGCUACAUCUGAUGCAGUUGAUGGAUGUGUGGAACGUCAUGGUCGUUGUCACAAGAUGGUACGGCGGUGUCCAUCUGGGUCCGGAUCGGUUCAGACUCAUCAACACUGCCGCAAGAGAAGCCCUAGUACUGGGCGGCUUUGUAAAGGGCAACAAGGACGAAGGGAGCAAGAGGAAGGGCAAGAAGUAA